AUGUAUCAACCAGACAUACACCUCACGUUGUUAAUUUCGAUCACGAUAGUCAUUAACAUGAUACGAGGCAACACUUUCAAUGUGUUUACGAUUCCCCUAGAAAAAGUCAACUCUACAACAUACUGUGAGCUGCUCGACGAGAAGCUGCGAGAGAAUCAGAGUUCAGUUCUUCUGCUAGAAAUAGGACGUGUUAGUCAAAUCUACGAAGUUGUAGCAAGCGAACGAGGGAAAAUAUGCGAUCAAACGUUUGGGUACGAUCAAGAAAUACCAAUGUCGAAUGUCACGGACACUCUCAUUCAAAUGAUCCACGAUCGCAAAGUGUCCGUGCAGAGCCAUCGAAUUGUGGACCAUAUAACCCUGCACACUACCGCAUACGAGAUCCAACUCACGGUGGAGCGAGCUGGGGAGCUAGAGCCAAGCGAUGUUAAGUCGAGAGCUGGCGGAGUAGCGAACAAUGAGAACCUCCUUCUGUCCCUCAUCGGCGGUGGACGCAUUAAAAGCUUCGUGCGACAGAAAAACCCAUAG